UGUGAUUCCUUCAACACCGCUGCUCAUCUCCAUCUCGUAUACGAUGGAUUGAUGGGUCAAUCCUUAGACAGUAGACGAUGCACAAAAUAAAAAAGGGUAUCAAGAAGAAGAUAAAAGGGAAGAAGGGCAAACACGACGAUGAUGAAAUAUUCACUGAAGAGGAACUAGCGCAAUACAAGAGAGAGAAAGCAGAAGAAGCGCGCAGACUCGCCGAGGAGGAGCAGCAACAUCACGACACUGAAGUCCUCGAGGAAGACGACGUCUACGAGACCGAUCACUAUCCUAGAUCUAACCUUGAAUCCCGGACCUCACCAAAAGAGGGAGAAGAAAAAGACUGGAAAAGUUUUCUUGCUACCACUGAUACUGUUCUCAAACAAACUUCUGAUAAUCUUGAGCACAUCAAAGAGUCGAGUUACUUCCAAACAAAAAAGGGUCUAGAAAGUGACGGUGGACGGCCGGUCCCAGAUUUCGUCGAAUCAUAUUCUCAAAAGGCGUCCGCGUGUACCUCUCCAGUUCCAGCAACCGCGUCUAAGAACUGGGUAGAUUUAGAAAAGGAAGGAAUCGACGACGAAUCUGACGAAGGCCAAACACAGGCAACAGUCGUCAAUGAUAGGCCGCCUUCUCCUCCCAAGAAGAAGCUUCUUGAACUUAAGCCAAUCGAAGAUUUACCUGAAGUUAGUGCUGAAGAUUACGCCGACGUUUUCGACACAACUUAUGUGGACCAGGUAGAGAGUGGGGAACUGAAAUUAAUAAUCCCCGACAGUCCUUCGGAUGAAUAUAGCAACGAGCCAGACCCUUUCGAUACAUCUGCUGUCGAUAAAGUUCUUCACAUCAAUGAGCCUGAACCUGAACCAGAGCCUCAGGUGAUUGCAGGAACCAAAAAAGGAGAGCCUCAGAAGAAACGAAAAAUACAGUUAGUCAGUUUGGGCAAUGCCGUUGAAGUUCUAACUGGAAAAACUCCAAUAAAAACCAAGACAGACGAUGCUAAUGAAAUAAGUCUACUUGGAGACUUUGACGAAGUAGACGUUAAAUCUGAAUCAAAGGUUGAAAAGGAUAAGAAAGUGAACGCUGAAGAGGAAUCUAAAAGUGAAGAAGGAAAGCAAGAAGAAGAGGCUGACACAGUAGAAUCAAACGUUAUAAAUGAUAUCUUAUUCGGAAGUGAUGAUCUCAGUGAAGAAUUGCCCGAAGUAGGAGUGCCCGAUUUGUUUCUCAUUGAUCAAUGCAGGAAGAAAUCUGAAGCUGAUGCGAUAAAAAAUCAAGCUACAGCUUCAUCUCCCGAUUUAUGUGAAAACGCUGAUUCUUCAGAAGAACAAAUUUCGACCAAGGCUCUUGCGGUUAAUGACAUAAUUUCAGAAUUUGAUGUGAUUGAUAAUGUUGACGUAACCGAUGAAUCACUGAUCCCUAAAUGCAGCGAAAGUGAAAUUUUAGAUGAAUUUGAUGCUGAAUUUGUUUCACUAGCACACGAAUCAAUUGCUAAAGCUAAAGAAAAGGAAAUUGAUGAGCUUGGAUUGGACGACGACGAAGAUCCUUUUGAUACUUCGUACGUUUCUCACGAAGUAUUAGACAAAAAGGAAGUCAAUGAGUUUCAAGCAGAUGAUGAUCCAUUUGAUGUUAAAUUAGAUAAUAACAUACUCAAAUCUUCUCAGAGUGAGAAACCUGCUCGACCUGCACCACCUUCUCAGGGAUCCCAGAAUCCUGACCUCUUCAGUGAUGAGGACCCUCUGACGAACGAUGAAGUAGACCCUUUUGACACGUCUAUCGUGCAUAAAGUUUUACCUAUUGAUCAUUUGGAGACCACUGAAAACGACGCAGACCUCGCAUCUACUUUACAGCCACAUUCUGGCGGUACCAUUACCAAAUCGGAAAGUUUUGAUCCCUUUGACACAUCCGCAGCUGAUGCGUUCGGAGUAACAGAACUUAAAGUCCUUGAAAGUGAACUUCUAUCGGGUCCAAAUAAUCCUAUUCCAUUGACUAGAGGAGAAUCAGACGAUUUUGACUUUAAUCCACGAGAAGGUGAAGAAUCAACCAAACCGGAUUCUCCGAAAGACUUUUUCACUUCUGAAGUCGACACCAACGAUUCAGCUGUCUUAGAACCUCAAGCCAAAUCCCUAGAAAUCGAGGAGUUAGAUCCCUUUGACACGUCUUUUGCAGAUAAAAUACAAAUAAAAUCAUUAGAAGAAGAACUUUUAGAAAAGCGAGAAAUCAAUGAAGAAAUUUAUCAGGAUACAUUACAAGUAAAGGCUCAACCUCCCCCACGACCACCAAGCCCCGCUUGCCUACUAGUGACAUCUCCAGUCGACGAAGAUAUAGCCCCUGCACUUCAACCUUUAGCUCGCAAUGACUCAAAAAAUAAUUUGGUAGGAGACUUGGAGAACGAUAUUGAUCCUUUUGAUACAUCCAUAGCAGAUUCUUAUGGUAUAACCGAACUUAAAGUAUUAGAGUCGGAAUUAUUGGCCGAAACAGAGGACACUACGCCAGUUCCAAUUUCCACAGCAUCAGAAAAUGAUAUUUUAACUUCAGCACUUGAAAACAAUUCUCUCUCUUUGGAUGUGAAACCAGCUCGUCCUCAAACCCCCGAGUGUUUGCUAGCUGCAACUCCUAUCGACGAGAAUCCGACAUUAGUUCCUCAAUAUCAACCAUCUCAAAUUGAAGCGGAGGACGAUUUUGAUCCAUUUGAUACUUCCAUAGCUCAACAGUUCGGAAAAACUGAAUUGCAUGCACUAGAAUCGCAACUUUUAUCGUCACCAGCUGUUCCUCUGACCGACGCUGACGACUUUGAUCCUCGAGCGGUUACUCCCGAACAUCAUACACUCGAUCGAUCUGAUCAACCGACUUCUCAUUUACAAACAUGUCUGUUGUCAUCGGACACUGAUAAUGAUAAUCCAGUAGAUUUACCUAUCGCACCAUCACUGCCAAAAACGACUAGUGAAGAGAAGGAAUUUGAUCCCUUUGAUACCUCAAUUGCAGACAAAUUAGGAACAACAGAGCUGAAGCAUUUAGAAAACGAACUACUAAGUCAAUCUCAAGCAGACGAAUUUGAUAGCAGCUCAGGAACUAUUCAAAAUAUUCCACAAGAUUUGAAUCUGAAGAGUAAGCCAGAGCGCCCUCUUCAGCCUCCGCAACAGUGUCUGCUGGCAACAACACCGACAGAUUGCAGUCAAUCUCUUCAACCCCAGACGAGCAACCUCAACCUUAGCGCAGACGCUGAGCAAGAAGAUUUUGACCCUUUUGAUACUUCCAUUGCAAACCAAUUUGGAAAAACCGAAAUAAAAGAACUAGAAACGACUUUGCUUGCAGAGAAAAACGAACCAAGUGCUCCUGUAUACAAUUCAGUCGUAUUGAAGACUCUCAACCGAUCUCACGGUUUUGGUGAGAAUAAUACUUCUUUGGCUGAUACGGACGAUACUGAAAAUUUCGACGACUUCGAUCCAAGGAGUGGAGAAAACCGAACAGCUCCCAAACACACGUUGAGUUUACUCGAUUCCGUUGAGGACACGGGCUUAUCAGACGAGUCUCUUCAAGUCCUUCAACCUCUUGAAUUGAGAGCUGAUGAGAUAGAAGACAACGAAGACAUCGAUCCCUUUGACACAACUAUUGCCGCCUGCAUCCUUCCGGGCAAGGCAGAAUUGAAGAUCCUCGAAUCGGAACUCUUGAAUUAA